UAGAUCACCUCUGAUAGAUCACUGAUUCGAAGUAGCUUGUUUUAAAAAUAACUUGUUUGGUUAGAUCUUGGGAUUUGAUUCUCUUCAUAGGGAUGGAGUUUAUGGAGACAUCAUUGUCAGAGCCUCCAAAGAAACGUCCAUUCCAAAAAUGCAACAGUCCUGAUAUGGACAUCGUAAAAGAGGGGAAUAUGAUGACAAAUGACCACACAUCUGAGGUCAAAUUUCAAAUAUUUAAUGAUCCAAUUCAUGGCUUCAUUGAACUUCAUCCAUUGCUUGUUGAGAUUAUUCAUACCUCACAGUUCCAACGUUUGAAAGAUAUAAAGCAGUUGGGAUUAUGUUACUGGGUGUUCCCUGGUGCUUCCCAUAACAGAUUUGAGCAUUGUCUUGGAACUGCAUAUUUGUGUGGAAAACUUAUAGACAUUCUUCAAGAGUUACACAAAGGUCAAAUUGAAAUAACAAAUAAAGAAUCCCUCUGUGUGAAAAUUGCUGGCUUGUGUCAUGAUUUGGGCCAUGGUCCGUUCUCUCAUUUCUUCGAUGGUGUUUAUAUUCCACAUGUAUUACCUAAAUCUGACUGGAAACACGAGCAAGCAUCAUGUGAUCUCUUGGACUGGAUGAUAAAGACAAAUCCUGGCAUUGUUGAUAAAUUCAAUGAAUAUGGUUUGAAUGAAGGAGAUAUUGAAUUUAUUAAGGAGUUGAUUUUAGGCAAAGACCCAGAACAUGAGGUGACACGGAUCUGUCCCCUGACGGGAAAACCAAAAUGGUUCCUUUACGAAAUCGUCUCAAACAAACGUAACGGAAUCGACUGCGACAAGUUCGACUACUUUGCCCGAGAUUGCGCCAAUGUUGGAGUCACGAGCAACUUCGAUUGCCGAAGAUAUUUUCAAAACGUACGCAUCCUUCCUAUCGACCAACGAUUGCAGCUUUGCGUUCGUGAUAAGGAAGUCUUCAACCUUUACGAGUUAUUUCACACAAGAUGGUCAUUGCAUCAUCGUGUCUACCAGCACAAAACUCAAGCCCCGAUCCAAGACCUAAUCCUCAAAGCCUUUCAUAAAGUUGAUAAAAUUCUACGAAUUUCAGAAGGAAUCCAUGAUAUGGAACGAUUCACUUUCUUGACGGACAGUUUGAUGUACGAUAUUCUCAGAAAUGAAAGUCGUCAUCCUUUGAUGGUGGAGGCUCAGGAAAUGUUGAAGCAAGUGCAACGCAGGGAAUUGUACAAAUUCUGCGGUCAAACGCAGCCGGGAUGCGAGCAAAGUUGCCCAAAAGAAGAUGAGAUUAUCAAAGAGUUAACCUCCAUUUCCGAAGGACGUUUGACCGAAGAGCAGAUCUUUGUGGCUAUUGUUAGUAUUCAUUUUGGUAUGAAGCAUAAAGAUCCCAUUGACAACGUCGUCUUCUUCAAUAAAGCGUAUGAACCAUUCACUGUUCGUAAGGAACAAGUUAGUCAAAUCUUACCACAGAAAUUCCACGAGCGUUAUGUGCGUGUGUACGCUAAGUCUCGCGAGGAUUCCAAGCUUAUUCAGCGCUGCUUCGAAGUAUGGUGUCGUAGUAAGGAAUACCCGGUGCCUCAUAUGCUGCAGGGUGAUCGUACCGGGUAUUUUUCUCCGGCAUUUAAGCUGAAGAACGGAUAUGAAGAUAGAGCCGUUGAUCUUGAGGGUGCUUGUAAAAGUCAACGCUCUUUGCAGGGUGAAUUUGAGAAGUGUUGAAGAAUACGUCUUGUUUCCGUAAUACAACGAAACUCAGACGAAGAAUUAACAGUACAAAAACUGCAAACGAUGCCAUU